UCUCAUACUUAUAAAAAGACAAGUCUAUCCAAACAUCAGCUUUCCAUAAUAUUCCAUCUCUUUCAACACAAUGAAUUUCUUCGAAGUAGGAUUAUUUUCACUGAGUGCCAUGUUGACUAUUUCAGGAGUGGCAUCUUUACAUUGCUAUUCAUGCACUGAUGUGAAAAACAACACUCUGUGCAACCAACAGCCAACAGUGAUCUGUAACUCCUCUAGCCUGUGUUUUACACAAAUAGACAAAGCAGUACUUCACAAUGUGAAGAUUACCAAAAAAUGUGUUCAGGAGAGGGAAUGCAAUCCAACAAACUACAAUGUAUUUGUGGCCUCUAAGCACACAUCCUGCUGCUCUGGAGACUUCUGCAAUGAAUAUGCGAACGGCAAGACCAAUCUAACAUGCAACACCUUCCUCAUAAUGGCGGCAGUACUGGUGCUUGGAAUCUUCAAGAAGAUGGAAUAAUCUAAACCAGUCUUAUGAAAACAAGUCUUAUGAAAACAAGUCUUAUGAAAUUUGAAGGUUUUUUUUAGAUUUGUAUAAAUCCAGGACACUAAAAUAUCUGCAAAAUGUUCUUAGAUGUGUUUUUAAAAAAAGUUACCUUGAGCCAUGCAUGAAAAUGUCUGCAAGAGCAAUAGUCUACCUUGCAUAUAGCAGCCAAUCAGAUUCCCUAAUCUCUUCUGGCACUUUUAUCUAUGAAGCCUAUUAAAUACUGAAAAUCUUUUUUCUGGAAUUCCUCAUCAAAACUUGCAAUGUACUUCCCGGUAUGUGUGUGUGCCUGCAGCCUUUCAGCUAAAUAUAGAGAUUUCCGGCUCUUGA